AUGAAACAAACAUUUGUACUAAGAUAUCUAUCUAUCUAUCUAUCUAUCUAUCUAUCUAUCUAUCUCACAAACGGCAAACAGCAAGAUUAUACGCGUGUGCGUUUGCGUGCAUUUCUCCACAUUUGUCCAAAUCUUGGACCGACUUUCUUGGCUGUAGAAUGCUUUGUCUGCCUUCAUAUGGAAGUGGUUGAGUUAUUUAUUAUAGACACAUGUUUGCUCCCCGCGCGCCACUGUCUCUGCUUUCCAAUAUGUACUUUAUAUCAUGCGAAUACUUGUCUUUCUCACGCUUUUUAUGAUCGAUUUCUUUAUUUCUUCUCUUUCUCUAUUAAUCUUGCCAUUUUCAGUCUUUUGAUCUAUCUAUCUUUGACAUUUUCCAUUUCAUUACUUUGCACGUUUUACUUUUUUUCUUUCGUCUGUUUACUUCUUUCUUUCUUUUUUUUUUGUUAUAUUUUCAUUGUCUCCUUUCGCACUUUUUCGCUUUUAAAUCUUUUCUUUAUUCAUAACAAGAUAAGUCAUUUGAGCUAUCUAUCUAUCUAUCUAUCUAUCUAUCUAUCUAUCUACACAUUGGGUAUCUGCAGCCUCGAGUCAUGCUCACAUUACAAUAUCUACUUUUUCUUUUCUUUUUUUCUUUCAUCUACUUUAAUUAAUACUUUUUUUUCUUAUUUUCCUCUCGCGCAUUCUUUAUUUUCAAAGCCUAAUUAUUUCUGUUACUUUGCGUUGUCAGUUGUUUUUUCUUCUUUCUAUCAUUUCCAACUUUACCGUCUUUCCUAG